GCAGUCUCCGUCUCAUCCUGACCGCUUGACUGACGUGCGCAUCACCCUACUGACCAAACUCACUAUCAAGCCGACUGCACCGCUGACAGCGCUGCCCGGGUUUCUAUCCACACGGGGUAGGAAGAUAUAUGUGUUUCCUGCAUUUUAAAAACAUGUUUCAUUCUUCUUAUUAUUUGUAGGCUCCACAGGGCAGACAACGCACUCUUGCACGGGACAUCGGCGCAUUUUGCGCCCGUCUGCUCUUUCUCAGUCAUAACCAGCUGCGUAAACAUGUCAUAUACAACAAAUGAUGGUAACCUGAAGGACUUUUAGUGGGCUUUAUAUUUGGAAAGGUUGCUUUAGGGUGUGUGCAUGUGUGUGAGGGAGAGUUCUUGUUGCACUCUCCUGCAUCUGUAUUUAUCAGUGCAACUGUGCGUUGUCCCGUUUACAGUAUGUAUGUUUUUCAACGUGCAAGCCCUUGUCUGUGCUCAUAAUUGUGUCGAUGUACUUGCAUUCUUGUGGUUGUAUCUUGAGUGUAUUUGUGAGCAGCCUAUAUGUGUGCUUGUGUGUGUGUGUGUGUGUGUGUGCUCUGUCCGACUUUGCCCUUGCUCUGUCCUCAUUCCAGAGCACAACAGCGUGUGAAUGGCAGCCGGCAGGCUUAUCACAGAGGAGCAGGAGGAGCUCCCAGUCUCCAGAGCUGUCACUCACAUACACCACACACACACCCGGAGUCAGAGCCACAUCCACUUUCAGCCUCUGACACAUAACGCCCAGUGGCAGCCUCCUCUCGCUCACACCAGGAGUCACAGCCACAGUCACUUCAGUGCUCCCUCACACACACAGUCUCAGAAGUACGGCUGUCGCCUCACACACAGUCUCUCAGCCAUGACCAAGGGAGAGAGGGGAGGGCAGGGCUCUGCAAGGAAGCUCAGCAAACCCACUGAACCACUGUGCCCCAAAACUCCUGAGCAGACUGACUUGAGCCAGAAGUUAACAAUAUGCAGUAAACUGUGUUUUGCCAUUGGUGGCGCACCCAAGGAGGUGGCUGCCAGCUCCACGGCCUUCUUCCUGCAAAUCUACCUGCUUGACAUCGCUCAGAUUACUGCCUUCCAGGCCUCCCUGCUGUUGUUUAUUGGUAAAGCCUGGGGUGCCAUCGCUGACCCGUUGGUUGGUUUCUUCAUUACAAAGAGCAGAUGGACCAAGAUUGGCAGAUUCAUGCCCUGGAUGGUGGGUUGCACUCCGUUUCUGGUGGUCUCCUACUUCUACCUCUGGUUUGUUCCUCCUUUCAUCAGUGGCAGGUUCAUCUGGUACCUAGUCUUCUAUUGCCUCUACCAAACCCUCAUCACUUGCUUCCACGUGCCUUAUUCUGCUCUCACCAUGUUCCUGAGUACAGACCAGAAGGAAAGAGACUCUGCCACUGCCUACCGAAUGACAAUGGAGGUGCUGGGGACACUCUUGGGUGCUGCCAUCCAGGGCCAGAUUGUGGCCAGUGCUCACACUCGGAAGCCCUGCCCGACUCAAAACAUGUCUGCUAGUUACCUUGGCAACAACAGCAGGGCAGAAAUCAUCAAGAGCCUGGUGCACUCCCAGGACUACCUGUCACACGCUAAGGAGGUGUACAUGAUAGCUGCUGGUGUUAUUGGAGGAGUGUUUGUCAUCUGCACAUUGGUGAUGUUCCUCGGAGUCAAAGAGAGAGACGAUCCAUAUGCCACAAGGACAGAAAAGCAAAUCCCAUUCUAUAAGGGCUUCAUCCUGGUGAUGAGACACAGGCCGUACCUCACUCUAACCACUGCAUUCCUCUUCAUCACUGUCGCCGUUCAGGUGCUACAGAGCAACUUAGUCCUCUUCUGCACUUACGCUGCCGACCUGAGGGAUCACUUCCACAAUAUUGUGCUGACCAUCCUGGUUUCUGCAGUGUUAAGCAUCCCACUGUGGCAAUGGUUUUUGCAGCGGUUUGGGAAGAAGACGGCAGCUUUUUGCGGUAUUACAUGGAUCAUGCCCUUCACCUUAAUGCUGGUGUUCAUCCCUAAUGUGGUGGUGGCCUAUGUUGUUGCUGUCUCAUCUGGACUAAGUGUGGCUGCGUCACUCCUGCUGCCAUGGUCAAUGCUGCCAGAUGUGGUGGAUGACUUUAGACUGGCCAACCCCUACUCUAAAGGCCAUGAAGCCAUCUUCUACUCAUUCUACGCGUUUUUCACCAAGUUUGCUUCUGGCAUCUCCCUGGGAGUGUCAACCCUCUGCCUGGAGUUUGCAGGGUAUAACACGGGUGCCUGCAAGCAGCCUGCUCCUGUAGUGUUCACCCUGAAGCUGCUGAUUGGCGCUGCACCAGUGGCUUUCAUUGUUAUAGGGUUAACGAUCCUCUUCUUCUAUCCCAUCAGCGAAGACGUACGGCUCAAGAAUAAAUUCUGCCUAGACGAGCUACGGAAACAAAGCAUCAGCUCCAGAAUGACAGAAGACUUAGGUAACGUGUGACCUGGAACUUAAAUGGAGUGAAUUUCAGAAUGCCAAG